AAAUGCCAUCAACUCAAAAUACAGUCGCUGAACGAGAUCCGCGCUACUGUCGCCAGUGGAAGUGUCAAGUUUCUGUGGGUGAAUUAUAUCGAUGGAUUUUAGCGAAACUUUCUGAUAAAGAUAUAAAGCGGGCCCUGCACAAAUACCGAGACUUAAUGCCUAGACAGUCGGAUUGGAACAGAAAACUGACACAAGCUACGAGUAUGCCAGAGCUUGGUUUUCGAUAUCUGUAUCGAUGUGGACAGAUAGAUGAAAGUAACCAUCGAACUAUGCAGAAAAUGCUGAAAUAUAUCGACCGUCAAGAUGUGCUGCCAUAUUUUGAUACAAUUUUGUAUAAUACCAACCAUUCUAAUUGUUCUUUGGAGGAGCUACAAAAAGUUCUGUUGGAUAAAGUUAGCGUGUUUUUAGAAUAUUCUUCUACACUGUCUGAAGAAGAAGUACAUCCAGAGCCUCCAUAUGAAAUAAUACGACGCCAACCAGUUGAGGGUUCACGAGUCACAAGAUUAAGCCUGAAAAGAAAAUCAUCUGUUGGUGGUACUGGUAAUAUUGCAUCUGUGAAGCGAGGGCGCCGGUCUACUAAUUCCUCAUCGGAGACUAGUCAAGUUAGUGAAUUCGAAAAUUCACCUCUUCGGUACUGUGGCAAAGUGCGAUCAGCGAUUAUUUCCAAUUCACUAAAUGGUCCUGUUGUGCAUACUAUGCUUUCCGCGUCACUUAUUAGCAUGCUGGCAUCUUUACAUACUACAUUAUCUCAAACAUUCGAUAAUCCCGGUGUAUCGUCUAUAACCCCUAAUGCAUCGAAUAGUAAUACAACUGGAAGUUGUAUUAGUAGUUCAAAUCCUUCUGUUCCUAAGAAUCCUUUAAUCUCUCAUUUACUGGCUAUUAUCCCACAUUUGAUUGCUGUUUCACGUGCUGCAAAUCAAUUAUCUAAUCCAAGCCUACUAUCUAAUCCAGCACUACCCUCUCGAAUAUCGAAUCUUCCAAAUAAUGUAAAUAAUAGCAAUUCAGGGAUUUUUGGUUCAAGAUUUGCUGGUAUUCAUAACAGGCCGGUAAUCAAUGCGGAUAGACGGCUGCCUCAACAGGUUCAAGAUCACGUAGAUCCUGCUGCUCCGGUUGUUUUAGAUAAUUUAAACCACGAGCAGAACGUUCAAGAUCCAAUCCACCCUAUCAUACCUGGUAUUCGUGCACCACUCAUCAACCCUCCUAACGUGGAAGCAGACCGUCCAGGUGGACUGUUGUUUGCACCUCAACCUAAUAUUCGACUUGCAGAUGGUGGAUCAUCUCCUGUAGUCUCUCAACAUUCGACAAAUCCCCCUGUUUUAUUAAAGCAUGUUGUUUUGUCAAGCGGAGGAAUAGGUAUUACUGCUUCGUCACAUGAUUCAGUAAUCCAUUAUUAUUGCAAUAUUAAACUGCAUGUCAAUAUUGAUUUUGGUCCUUCUACAGAAAGUUUAGUGAGUUUCCCGUCGCUUAACGUAAUUCUCAAUAGUUUGUACGUUUUUUAAAGUUAUUUAGAUGUCAUUAAAUUUAUUACCUCAGAAAAAUUCACUCACUAAGAGAUAUUUUUGAUUCGGACACUGAUAUCAGACAGUCAGUCACAACGUUGAACCUGGUACGAAUGUACAUCGGUUUAAGUUGCCGUACACCAUCAACCCAAAGAGAUCAAAUUGUCAGGUCAAAUCCCCGAAUAUUAGAGGUAGUAACAGUAUCCAUGGUAAAAGGAAAAAAAUACUCAUAGAAAAUACUAGUCGAGAAGUUGUAAAUUAGUGAAAUGGAACCAAAAAAUAUUAUGAGGAAUCCAGAAGCUCAGGAUUUAGGGAAACGCAAAGAACAAAUACACUUGCGUCAUUACAAACGACCUUGAGCCAUGUCAUUUAGAGUCUCUAACCAUUGGUUAUGAUAGUCACGUGAAUCCAAAGCAGGUGGUCUACACCUAUUAACAUGGUUCGGUCUAACUCUCGAUGACUUGAUGAGUCAGUCAGUCAGCUACAACGUAGGACCAGGCACAUAUAUGCAUCGGUCCAAGUUGCCAUACCUCAUUAACACAACAAGAUGGACACCGGAUUCAUAAAAGUAGUUAAUUCAGAGGUGGUAAUAUAUAAAAGAAAGAUUGCCAUAAGGAUAUAGUACAGAAAGAAAGAUAUGAAGCGAUUUUAAUCUCAUAGUUUAAGGGAAGACAGAGAAUGUAUAAACCGACGCCAUUGUGAUCGAUUCUGAGCCAUGUCACCAAGAGUCUCCAACCAUUGGUUACGAUAGUCACGCGGACCCCAACCAAGUAGUCUGCAUCUACCAACAUUGCUCAGACUAGAAGUUAGUGACUUCAAUCACUGAUGCCACGUUUUGGUUUGGCCGCCCCUAACGUUCUUCCAACCAUCCCGAGCACCGGUUAGCAUUGCACGUCGUGGUAAUCGGUGUUCGGGCAUACGUAACACGUGGCCCAACCAACUCAGUCGAUGAAGAUUCACAACCUCAUCAAAUGAUUUACCAUCAUUCCCUAAUACCCUGCGUCUAACCUCACUAUUAAUUACCCGGUGAUCCCAGCAGACGCGAGCAAUAUUUCUAAGGCAUCUGUGGUCAAAUACUAGUAGCUUACGAGUGAACUGUCAUGUUUUAAUUUGGCCACACUUAGCCUUCUCCCAGCCUAUUUUUGCACCAGACAACAUCACCAGUCGAGGUUGGCCAUACAUAACACUUCACCCAACCACCUCAGUUGGUGACGAGAUGCCACAUGUUUUUUGAAUGAUCAUUUACUGUAAAAUCAUGAAUUUUAAAGUUUACCAGUUUUUUUGACAAUUCAUUUUUGAAGCGAUGAAUAAUCCAAGAGGCCUUCUUACAUUUAAAGUUUUCAGAAACCGCUAUCUUUGACGAGGAAAGUAGGCUAAAAACUUAAAGUUGAAGAUUAUAAUUACUUUCAAACUUUUUAGUAGCUUAUAUUGUACUUUUAUUUGUCAAUAAGACAAGUGUUGGGUUUCGAAGUUACAGUUUUUGAGUUACGUUUUGUAUUUCCGACGUAUAUCAUUCCUUACUUUUCCCUUGAAAAUUAUAAAAAGCCUUGAUGAUUGGAGCCAUCGAUUAUUGAUCUGAGCCAUGUUAAUAGAUGCAGAUUACCUGGUUGGUGUUCGCUUAAUAACUGCGAUCAGUAGUUGGAAACGUUGGAUGACAUGACUCAGAAUUAGUCAUAGUUACGCAGAUCCAUUCACCAUUAAUCUUUAAGCCUUGAAUCCCUUUGUUUUCUCUUUUCAUCUUGUCUUCUCGUGUCAUAUUCCCUAUACUCAAUCUCAUUAUCAUUGCUACUGCGUCAUUUCGAUUUAUUUGUUAGUUUCACUGCGUAGUGUUAUAGUAUGGCACAUUGGAUCAGUCCGCACUUAAGGGAGGGUCUACAUUGAUUAUGACUGACUGACAUAGUGAUAUUGUAUCAAUUAGGCAGUUAGUUAUAAACAACUUAGGACGUGGCAUGUAUGUGUAGUAAACGAGAACUCAGGUGGGAAAAACAAAUUUAUUAUCCAAUGCAAAAUUACAGAGUUCACGAAAUGUGAAAACCAUACGUUAAAUACAUUAUUUGCACAUCUUCCUUCAGCUGUCGUUUAAAUGCUUCAUGAUUCUUUCAAUUCUGUUAUUAAAACUGCUCUCUGUAUCCCUUUCUGUUGUCUUUAUUUCAAUCUUCUGCUGGUAGACAUUCCAUAUUCGAUUGCUGCAACAUACUACUUAUAUCUGUCAGCAUAAAUAGUAUGCACCACAUAUGUACAUCGAUUCAAGCUACCAAGCCAUAUCAUUACAACAAGAUAAAAUUAUCAAGAUACAUACCAAAUUAAUAGCGGUAGAAACAGUAUUGGUGAUUGGUGUGACAAUGGUUUCACCAGUUUCUCCGAUGGUAAUGAAUUUAUUCAUGCAUUCCCCAGAAACCACUGCGGUCACAAAUGUAUAAAUCCACCAAAAGUCGGGUUACAGUAUGUAGAUGGCAUUUUUAUUAUCGUUAAAUGGAGUGGUUUAGAAGAGUUGUUUGAAAAUGUAAACAAAAUUUCGGAGAGCAUCAAGUUAACAAAAGGAUAUAGAGUCCAAUGACUACAAACUAGAGUUUCUCGAUUGUUUGUUUGAACGAAGAUAUAAUAAUAAGUUGAAAAUGAAGCUGUUCAUGAAAUCAACACAUUCUGAGAGAUAAUUAGAUUACGGUUCGGCUCAUGCGUAUUGUACAAAAGUCACAGUUGUAAAAAUUUAAUGAAAAGGAGUAUUAAUCUCAUUACGGAUAAGGAGGACCAACAGGUUGAAUUGAAUGGAGUUUUGCCUGCGCUUAGGGAAUAACAAUUACUCCAAAGAGUUCUUAAAUAGGAUUAUUUGAAAUGAAAGUAAAAUUAAACUAGAAUGUAUGCCAAAAGACUGUUCAUCCCAUACCGUAGUGACACAUUGGAAGAAGUCAAAAGGAUUCUAAACAAACAUGAUAUAAUAGUGUAUUUUCAGGCUAGUGGCACCAUAAGAUCAGCAUUAGUGAAAGUUAAGGAUAGGUUUCCAAAGGAAGAACAACAGAAUGUUCUUUAUGAAAUCAACUGUCAUGAUUGCAAUGCAGUUUAUGUGAGAGAAACUUCAAGACAAUUGAAUGUGAAUUUGAAGGAACACGAACAAUGUUUGAAAAAUGUUCCCAAAUCCUCGGUUGAUCUGAAGAAACUUGAGAAUAGGUCGGCAAUAGCGUUACACGAGUUAGAAACAGGAUACAAGAUCAAUUUUGAAGGGACCAAAAUACUUCAGGAAGAUUUUGGGACAUAAAGAAAAAUUGACAGCAGAAGCGCUCUAUAUAUGGGCCAAUAAGAACAGCCUGAACAGAAAAGAUGGUAUUCAACUAACUACCACAUGGAAAAGGUCCAUUAACAAGUAAUUGGACACUUUCUUUAUCCAACCUGUUUAUUUAACAUGCAUCGUUAUUCUGACAGAAAUUAAUCUGGAAUAUUUUAGCACUACAAUUAUAUAUUUGAUGAUUCUCAUUUUACAUGCACAUCAAUGAUUCAGAAACAAUUUCACUUAUUUUUACUUCAUAUAAAAAAAAUUUACCACCGAAUAUCAACUAUUAAUAACUGAAACUUACACACAUACAUACAUACACAAUCAAUCAUUCAUUCAUCUUAACAUUGUGAACUUUUCAUAUGAUUCACAUACAACCGAUUCAUGUUAUCCCACUUACAAAAGAGAAGAAUUCAAACAGUUCGUCAAGAUUUUUUUGAACGUCAGAUUGAUUUUUUUGUACAAGCAUCAAAUUUAUUGAAAACUCGUUCACCAAGUGAAUUUAUUUGUAAUUUACAAUUUACACGACUUAACCAACUUGAAGAUUUUUGGGCUGACUAUCAGUCAGGUGCAUUACGAUAUUAUCUCAUGUCUGUAUUGAGAAGUGAAAGGAAUCAAAGUUUUUUUGGUGAACCACCACAACAGAUAUCUUCCCAGUUUUCGUCAGUUGUCGAACAACAUGUUGUGCCUGAUGCUUUAGGUCAACAAAAUCAGGUUGCAAAUGCUGUGAAUAAUGAAGGAAUGGAUGCAGCUGUUCCUUUAGUGCCUAAUAAUGCAUCACAAAAUUCAGCUGAAAAUAAUUCUAAUGUUAUAGUCAGUAGUGGUAGUAGUUCGAGGCCAGUUGAUCCAAAAGUGUCUGGUUCCAAUUCAUCAGAAUAUUCUAAUCAUAAUCCUGCAUGCUCAACAGUUAAUUUGGCUUCAUCUUUAAAUAUGGCACAAGAUGAAAACUCACUCAAUAUGUUGACAUCUUGUAUUGAAGCACUGAAUCGUUCGUUCCAUCGUAUGAGACGUCGUGAAGUCACUAGUCCAUCUCUACCUACAGAACAAGUGAAUGAAUUUAUUAGAUUUGAAUUGAAUUUAUUUGUUUCACGUAGAGAAUAUGAAAAUGGCCGAUGUUUAUUAAUGCGUAAUUUACGUUCUAUACCGAGUUUAUGUCAGCUGGUUUCAGCAUCUUCAAUAUUAACACCAGAUACUGCUGUUAAUUCAGUCAGUACAACACCAUAAAAUCUCGAGAAAAAAAACAGAAAAAUUCUUAUAGUCUUUCCCGUUGAUGUUUUUUUAAUUAUUUGGGAACACUAAAACAUUUUAUUCAGUUUUUCGAUAUUUUUUUGUUCUGUAUAGCACCUGUACUUAUAAUUAGUUGUAUUUUUUAAAUUUUCUGCGUAAUAUGGAAUAAAGCCUACAUUGCUUACUUUUUAAUCUCAAUGUUGGCAAAGAGCAGUCGAUAUUUAUGUGAAAAGAAAUUCAGUCGAUCUUUGAAGAUAUUUAUCGUUUGUAUUGUUUUCUAAGUAGUUCACAAAUCUUCAUGAGAUCUAAUUAAUUAUGAUUAUUUUAAUAUUUUGAAAUUGGUUUAUUGUAAACUGCACAAAAUAUAUGACUUUAUCUCACAUUACGUUUUGGAAUAUACAUGUUUUCAAGUUGAAACUUUUAACUGUUCAGAACAGUUUGAUAUAGUUAUUGAAGCAAGCAAGCUUUCUAAUUUAAUUGCUUAAUUUAACAAGAUUUAAGUGAUUAGAUAAAUAGGUGAAACCUCAUAAUAUGUACCGAUAGUUUUACUCAUACCUAUUGGGGUAAUCAUUUAAGUGAUGCUGUUUAUGUUGGUCAAGUUAAAAUAUUGCACAUAUGCAUGAAGGGAAAAGUGUAUUAUAGGGACAAGAAAGCUACUUUCCAAUUUUUGCACGAAAUUAAAAAAUGAAUGAUUUUAAUUAGAUUGAAGGUGCGAUAGAAAUGUCUUUGUGUUGAGAGCGCUCAUAAUUGUCAG